GCAGCACCGGGAGAACCGGCUGCGGCCGCCCCUCCCCGUGGGCCGGGCCAGGUAGGCUCGCGGCGGCUGGGCGCGCGGCGCAGACGCUCGGCGCACCCGGCCUCGGCCCCGCCAUGGACGGGCCGCAGCCCCGGGUUCCCCGGAACGCGCUGGAGGACAUCUCGGAGCUCAGCCAGAAGCUGCCAGGAGACUACUUCUGGUACAAAGACAUCCCCUUUCCCCUUGGCCUGUACUCUCCAGACAGCAUCAGCCAGGCAGAGAAUGCCCUGGAUGUGCGGGAUGACGACAUCUUUAUCAUCACCUACCCAAAAUCAGGCACCAACUGGAUGAUAGAGAUUGUCUGCUUGAUCCUGAAGGACGGGGAUCCCUCCUGGAUCCGCUCAGUGCCCAUCUGGGAGCGGGCGCCCUGGUGUGAGACCAUCAUGAGCGCCUUCAGCCUGCAGGACCAGCCCAGCCCGCGCAUCAUGAGCUCCCACCUCCCCAUCCAGCUCUUCACAAAGGCCUUCUUCACAUCCAAGGCCAAGGUGAUCUACCUGGGGCGGAACCCCCGGGAUGUACUGGUUUCCCUCUAUCACUACUCCAAGAUUGCUGGGCAAUUGAAGGACCCCGGCACACCGGACCAGUUUCUUCAGAACUUCCUCAAAGGCGAAGUGCAGUUUGGUUCCUGGUUCGACCACAUUAAGGGCUGGAUCCGGAUGCAGGGCAAGGAGAACUUCCUGUUCAUCACCUAUGAAGAGCUGCAGCAGGAUCUCCAAGGCUCCGUGCAGCGCAUCUCUGAGUUUCUGGGCCGGACGCUGGACGAGGAAGCUCUGGGCUCCGUAGUGGCCCACUCGGCCUUCAGCGCCAUGAAGGCCAACGCCAUGUCCAACUACACACUCCUGCCCCCCAGCCUGCUGGACCACCGCCAGGGCGCCUUCCUCCGGAAAGGGGUCUCCGGAGACUGGAAAAACCACUUCACGGUGACGCAGAGUGAGGCCUUCGACCGCGUGUACCGCGCGCGCAUGCGCGGGCUGCCGGCCUUCCCCUGGGACGAGGCCCCUGAGAGCCCCGAGACCCGUGAGGACGCGGACCCCGAACCCGCGGAGCCCAGCGCGGACGCCGACGCCCCCCACCCCGGCCCCUGACCCCGCAAUAAACGCCGGGCUCCGCCCUCCGCCCACUGCAGUGACCCGCGCCGCCGGCAGGGGGCGCGCGCGAGGGCCCCGGGAGGAUGGGGGUGGGGGGGACCCUGGCUGCACCCCGGCCUGUGGGGUACCCGUGAGGGCGCCGCCCUGGGGUCCUCAGGCCCAGGGACUACCAGAGGCCGGGCUGGAUAACGCCCUUCCGCAAUCCCCGCGCUGGGAGGAGGCAGGAGCAGCAUGGGCUCCAGACUGAG